AUGGAUCGAGGCUGUCGUGGUCUAGCCGGAGAGAUUGGAGAUACCAAAAAGACGGAAAGAAUGGAAGAAAGAAGUAUUCGAUGUGAGUGCUGUUCUGGAGCCGCUAGGGUUCUUUUAUCGCAGUCUGGGUUUUGUAAGUUGUGUUUUAUUGAGAGAUUUGAACGAUCGGUGACUAGUGAGGUAAGGAAAGGCCUGGUGGAGACGGAUCGGAAGAAGGUAAGACGGGUUUUAUGUGUGUUGGAGAAUACUUUGGCCUCGGAUGUACUUUAUAAUGUUACGACGAAGAAUAAGAGUGUAAUGGUGGAGUAUGCUUAUUGUACCUUAGAUAGGCCUAGGGAGGGGGCUGUGCAUUUAACUGCAGCGGGAGUGGAGCCCUAUGAACGGGUGGGAGCUGUAGUGCAGUAUGGAGUUAAGUAUCAUUAUGACUGUGUGGUGUUUAGUCAGUACUCGGCUGAGGUGGCUGAUAUUCUGUUGCGGAUGAUAGCUAAGGGGGAGAUAGAUAGGUACCCUGGGAUGUUUGUGCGGGCUGGAGUGAAUUUAUGCUAUCCCUUUUAUAGUUGGACUUAUAAGUCGAUUUAUUAUUAUGCUUUGGUGCAGGGUCUGUUUAAAAGGCCGAAUACAUGGAGUAGACAGCAGGUUGGGGCUGGGGCGCAUCAGGCCUUGAUCAGGGAUCUGCUGAAGAAUUCACCCCACAGUAUUUUGAAUCUAAUCAAGGUGCAGCAAAAGAUCUCACAUGAAUGA